AUGUUUCAUCUACCACAAAAUGAUUACUGCUUCCAUCUUUAUCAUGCCAUCGGAACAGGAAACAGAGUAACAGCUCUGCGCUUGAUAAAUAAUAGCAUUACUGUUAAUUAUUCUCUAAAUGGCUACACUCCUCUACAUUGGGCCAUUUACAAGAAUGCAGACUUUGAUAUCAUAAAAUUAUUACUUGAUAAAGGAGCCAAUAUCUUUACUACGGAUCAUCAAAAUAACACACCUCUUCGAAUUGCGAUUGAUUAUUACAGAACAGCGGCAGCAUUAUUACUUAUUCAAAAAGGAGCUCUUGACGGAGAAAAUUUAUCUGAAUUGUUGGUUAAACCUGCUGUACAAAAUAAUCCCUAUUUCAUCAACAUGCUCAUUGACCAUGGGAUGCAAAAUGAGCCAUCAAUCAGUUUACAAUGUCGUAUAAGAGUUGUUUUUCGUAGAGGAGGUCUAGAAAUAAUUGACGAAUGUAUCCCAAAAGGUUUUGAGACGAAUUUAACCGAUAAUUAUAGUGCUAAUUCUACUAAUAUUGAAUUGUUGACACCUUUGCACAUUGCAUGUGAAGAUGACAAUCGAAACAAUUUGAGAGCUUACCUGGAAAAUUGCGUUGAUGACUUUGCUGUAAAUCCUGAAACUCAAAGCAGGAUCGGUCGAACACCACUUUUAGAAGCUUGUCAUCACGGAAAUAAUGAAGCGGUUAAAGUGCUUUUGGAAAAUCAUGCAAAUCCCAAUGCUAUGGAUUGGUUUGGUCGAACAGCUCUUCACUUUAGUUGCGAGAGGAAACAUAAAACUACUUCAUCAAUAAUACAGUUAUUACUGGAACAUAAUGCAUAUACUGAAGCUGUGAACUGGGUCGGUCGGACACCGCUUUUUGUAGCUUGUCUCAAAGGAAAUAAUGAAGCAGUUAAAAUUCUUUUAGAGAAUCAUGCGAAUCCAAAUGUAAGAGAUCGGAAUGGUGAAACAGCUCUUCACCUUAUUUGUUCAUGGGAAUCUAAAACAAAUCUCCAAAUAAUAAAGUUAUUGCUGAAAUAUAAUGCAGAUAUUGAGGCUAUGGAUGACAGAGGUUGGACACCGCUUAUUACAGCUUGUUCCAUUGGAAAUGCUGAAGUAGUUAAAUGUCUUUUGGAACAUCAUGCUAAUCCGAAUGUAACAGAUUGGAUUGGUCAACCAGCUCUUCACCUUGUUUGUUCGUGGGAAUCCGAAACAACUCCCCAAAUAAUAAAGUUAUUGCUGAAAUAUAAUGCAGAUAUUGAAGCUGUUGAUGAACAAGGUCGAACACCUCUUUUUGUAGCUUGUAAAUCUGGAAAUGUUGCAGCAGUUCAAUGUCUUUUGGAGAAUCAUGUUAAUCCAAAUGCUACUAAUCAGCAUAGUCAAACAGCUCUUCACUAUAUUUGUUCAGCGAAACCUGGAACUACUCUCCAAAUAAUACAAUUAUUGUUAAAACAUAAUGCAGAUACUGAGGCUAUGGAUGACAGAGGUUGGACACCUCUUUUUGAAGCUUGUUCCUCUGGAAAUAUUGUAGCAGUUAAAGUUCUCUUAGGGAAUCAUGCUAAUCCGAAUGUAAGGUGUUGGAAUGGUCGAACAGCUCUUCACCUUACUAGCGCAUUGGAACCUGUAAUAACUCUUCAAAUAAUGCAGUCAUUGUUAAAACAUAAUGUAGAUAUUGAAGCUGCCGAUGAGGAAGGUCGGACACCUCUAAUUGAAGCUUGUAUUUACGGGAAUGUUGUAGCAGUUAAAGUUCUUUUAGAUAAUCAUGCUAAUCCAAAUGUUACUAAUCAUUGCGGUCAAACACCUCUUCACUUUAUUUGUUUCGGGGAAACCGAAUCAACUCUCAAAAUAAUACAGUUACUGCUGAAGCAUAAUGCAGAUAUUGAAGCUGUCGAUGAGGAAGGUCGGACACCUCUUUUUGAAGCUUGCAACUCGGAAAAUAUUGGAGCAGUUGUAGGUCUUUUAAGAUACGGUGCUAAUAUUAAUAUUUUAGACCAAAAAAAUCGAUCUCCGCUUCAAUGCGCUGCUGAUAAGAUUUUAUCAACUUCUCCCGAAAAUUCUAACAUUUAUACGAUAAUCCAAAUGCUAGUGUCACAUAUAAUUACAUUAAAGACUGUUAGACUAAAUGUAAAUACAUGUGAGUUUAUAACUAUCAGGGGAGUGAAAUAUUCUGCAAUAGAGGGAUUAAAAUCCAAUGAAGUUUUAGAUGAUACAAUCGAUACACUCGACAUCAAGUGUGAAGAGGAAAUUAAAAAAAUGAAAAUGGAAAGUAUUGGGAUUAAUGACAUGUGUUUUUAUGAGUUGUUAACACAACAUAUUCAUCUUAUUGGCAUAUUAAUGGAAAAUAAGAAAAUUCAAGACAUUUUAAAAUCAUCCAUUUACGAUGAAAAGUUUCCAUUAUUUAUAGGUAUUGUAAGAUUCCGACUGCGAGAUGCAAGAAUUCGAUAUAGACGAUAUAAACUACAAAAAUCUGCAAGGGAAUACUUUAGUUCAGAAAUUAAUGAAGGAAUUCCUCAUGAAUGUAUCGACAAAGUGUUGGAUUACUUGACCAUCGUAGAUCUGAACACUUUUAUCCGAACUUUUAAGCCUUCGAGGGGAGAAUCAGUCUUAUGA